AUGAUGGAUGUCACAACGCACAUCGCCGAACAGAUUCCAAUACUCCAGUCACUCCACACACGGCUAGGGCUACCGGACAAUAUACUCGCAGAAGACAUGGCUAGAAUCGAUGCUGCUGUUCGUACCGCCAUUCAAUCUGUCGUUCGCUCUCGUGAAGAUGAAGUUGCGUCAUGGGAGGAGAAGAUCAAUGAUGAGAAGCGAGUCAUCCACUGUAUCGCCAAGGCAGUCGGAGACAGAGGAAGGAGUGCGCUUGCAGAGGAGAGGCGGGAAACGAUGGUACCUGCUUCAUUGCCAGCUCAACAUGAGCGUCUGGUCCGCCAGACCAAGGAGCUCGAGCAGGUGUACGAAGAGCGCCUCGCAAAGAUCGAGGAGAUGAUGACGACCCUCGAGAAGCUGUCGCUAUUACUCGGGCCGCCGUACGACCCCCCUGCGCCCCUGAAAGAGGUUCCGGAAAGCGCGACGUUGCCUCCUCGAGCGGUGCCGCGUCGGUCAACCCUGGCACCGCCGAUGGUCGCACCAACGACCAAUGUGAACAAACGCCACUCGGCUCGAAACACCACUCCACAGCCAGAGAUACCUCUACAGCCCCAGGUUUGGCUGGACGUCGGCGAGGAUGUUAUGGGGACCCUCGAGAAGGCAGUCUCCGAGGCGCUUGCUGAAAGGGACACCCGCCUGGAAGAACUGGAGACGGAUUUCGGUCACCUGGUCUGGUUUGCCUCGGAGCUCGAUCUGCCGCCUCUGCCAACAGGCCCGCUUGACGAGUUCCCAGAGCGACUCUUGCCGCCAUCGGACAUGGAAGAGACGCCAGGUGCGCACGAACGAUACACAAAGCUUCUUGCAUCGAUCUUGGCCGUCAACGAGCCGUGGGAUGGAGACGAUGACGCGGACGCGCCGGAGAUUCAGGGCAUGGAUGGCAUUGAGCCCGAGAUUGGGCUCAUGAAGUGGGUCGCGUGGAUCGCGGAACUCUGGGGCGAAGAGAAGGAGAUAAGAGAUGCUCAGUGUCAGGAGCUCUACGAGCAGAUCGAACCGUUGUGGGAGCGCCUCAAGGUCGACCCAGAUGAGAUUCAAAAGUUCAUCGACGAAAACCGGGGUAGUGGUGAGAACACGUAUCUUGCAAAGGAGCUCCAGCGUGUUCAGGAUCUCCGCAAGAGUUCCCUGAGUGAGCUCUUCGUCGAGGUCCGGCAGGAGAUCGCCAAGCUCCAAAAUCAUCUGCUCCUCAACAAAGGUGAGGGAUCAACACCCGACGCAUUGAACAACGAGGAGUACUCGGAGGAGCUAUUGAAGGAAGAAGAGGACGAGUGCCAGCGCCUGCGCGACGAGGUCAACGCCAAGGGCCCUGUGUUGAAGAAGGUUAAGGAGUGGAUUCAACUGAAGAAAGACGAGGUGAAGCUGAGCACGAUCGAGGCUGACCCCGAUCGUUUCAAGAAAGCGCGCAAUAUGCUGGAGGAAGAGAAGUUGCGGAAGCGCGUUGAAAAGCUGAAGCCCAAGAUAGAGGCGCAGCUGCUCGCAACCUUGCCGGCGUGGGAAGAAGAGCACGGCGGACCCUUCCUGGCUCACGGCGAACGCGUGGUCGACAGCAUCCAAAACGCGAUCGCAGAGAAGGCGAAAGCGAGGGACGCAAAGAAGAAUGCCAGGAUGGGCCUCGCGCCCCGCGCCGCGAGUGUUAGAGCCACUCCUGCGCAGCCUGCAAGCCGCGUUGUCAGCAGUACAGCGCGCUCCGUGUCUAACACAACGCGGAAGCGCGAUGCGCCGACGCCAUGUCCCCCGGGCGGAAACGGGAGCACGCUGAAGCGCUCGCGUAUUGGCCAACCAUCUAGCCGAUCGACAUCCUCUCGCCCACGAGCAGGCGGCAUCCCCCGCAUGACAGCUGCUACGCCGACACCAGCCUCCGGCGGCCGCGCUUUCGGCCAGCCAGCUCUCGGCGCGCUUGCCAACGGCAACACACCGCAGAUGACGGGCCCGGAUCCGUUCAAGUCUCGGCCCAUCACCUCCCACCUCAUCAAAUCCCGCCCCCCUGGCUCAUCCCGCCGGCCCCUCUCCGCGAAGAGCAGGACAAGCUUCAAGCCGCGCCCGAGCUUAGCAGCUGGUCUGCUGCGCGGCGUGGACGUACUGGAGGCGGACGAGGCGGGCGAGGCGGGCGAGGCGGAGGUCGACAAUGUGUACUAG